CGGAGACGUGAGUACUGAGUACUCUUUGCUGCAUGGCCUCGACGUUGUUCCCAUUCUAAGAUUUUUAUUCUAGGAAGCCGAUAAAUUUUUAUUUGUGUGAAAUUACAGUAUUAAAUUUCGUGAUGGUGUUCUGUAAAAGGCCAUGGAUUUGAUGAAAACGAAAUGUGUGCACGUGGGAGGAAUAUGAGUUCCUAGACUUAACAGAUGUAAAGGAAGCAGAGUUGAGCAGCUUGCAGUGUGCCCUCUUUGACAACACAACCAGUUCGGUGUCCACUGAACAGAGCAGUUGGACAGAACAUACUACAGACGUGUCCUCGUGCUCGUCCAGCCCCGGCCGCGCGCCCCGCAUGGCGCCCCACUCGCCGCCGCGGGGCGCGCCGGCCGCCCCGCCGCCCGCCCCGCCGGCCGCCCCGCCGCCGUACGCGCAGCAGGCGUCGUACCCGGCGCCGCACCACCAGUGGCCCGUGGCCCCGCCCAACGUCUACGUCAGCCAGGUCACCGCCAACGUGAACGUGCACGGCUACAUGGGACAGUACUACCAGCCGCCGCAGCCCCAGUACGUCCCUCCUCCUCAGCAGCAAGUCGACAGACCUCCUCGCAACCAUCGCCGAGACAGACGCGGCAACAAGCGCCCCCCUUCGCCGCCGCAGCGACAGCCGCCGCCGUACUAUGUCCCGUACCAGCAGUACUAUUCCGCCGCUCAAGCCCAGGGAGCCCCGUUGUACCACUUGCCGAUGUAUCAACCCUUAGUCUAUGGACCUUACCCGUACCCGCCAUACUAUCAGGAAUAUCCCAUGCCGGUGGAAGGUGAAACACCUGAAAAAGGACCAGAUGAAUAUUCACAAGAGGUCAUGAUGGAACAAGAGGCUGUUGAAGCUUAUUAUGCAAAUGCCCACUAUGGAGCUCCGCCGUACUGUCCUCCAGUCGAGGGCGGAGUGGAGUAUAUGCCGCCCAUGUUCGUCCCUCCGCCCCCCCAUCCUGUCCAAAUGCCCAUCCCUCAGCAAAUGCCGCCCCACCAAUCAGCGCCACAUCAAUUUAAUGUUCAUGCCAAAAACUUUGUUCAGGGACAAAAUCAGAGUAAAAACUUUGCACCAGAUAAAAAUCAAGAUCAAAAAACUCCAGUGACAUCUAAUGUAACGGCGACGACUUCAGGUUCUGUUGAAUCACUGCCUCUCAAAGAACUUAAAAUCAAUAAAGGUGCUAGUAGCCCUAAGCAAGAACAAUCACCAAGUGAUCCUACUUCAAAAACUCCCACGAUAUCUAGCGAGAAAGUUUCGCCAACUAUUAAGACUGACCCUGCAAAACCUGCAUGGACAUCAGAGAAUAAAGUUCAAGAUGCGCAUCAAGCACAAAGCGUAACGAAGACAUAUCCCGCGAAUGCAUCAAGUAACGCUCAAACUUCUAAAGUAGCUCCAGUGAAUAAAACCGCUAAAGGACCAGCAGCGCCAUUUUCCGCUAGUAAGCAGACACCAAAACAACAGUUGCCCACUUCUGUACCAGUACAACCAGCAGCUUCUACUGCCAAAGCUCCAUUCGGCAAUAGGCAGAAAAGAGACGGGCUAACAAAUCGUUCUCCUGCAAAUGAGAUUCCUGACGCAGAAAAGAAUGUAAAUAUUGAACAUGUGAAGCGUGAGCCACCUCUGCCGCCGAGCAAGGCACCAAUGCCGAUAUCUAUCACUUUACACUCACAAGGGACUCCACUUAUUGUUACAAAUAAGUCUCCCUUCGCCCAUUCCCGUAAACUUGCCGCAGUGCCUGAGCCUCCGCCGGUGCCUCAACCUCCUCCACCAGCACCCACAGCAUCAGACUUUCCUCCUCCGCCCACUCCCAGAAAUAGAGGUGAACCAGCCCCAACCCCUGCCCCAGUAGUUCAACAACCACAACCAGCUGGAAAAUCGUGGGCAAGUCUUUUCUCCAGCAAAACAAGCAUUGUGACCACAACAUCCCCUCCUUCUGUGACUACUGAAGAACAGCCCCCGAGUCCCACUACAUCAGUUCCAGUGGCACCCAGUAUCCAAAAACCAGUUGCUAAGGUGCCCCCUUUUGAUGCCUCACCGUUACAAACUGGUGUAGAAAAGCCAAAGCCUGCGGCUACGACUGUCAGCCAGGCCACAAUUGUUUCUUAUUCUGAGAAGACUUCGGUGAAUGCUGUCAGUAUCACAAGUACUUGUACAACUGCUGCCAAGCCAGCCACUGCACAGCCCAGUACUGAGACAAAAGAAGUUCUAAUUCAGAAGGAAUCAACUCCUGCAGGUCCUAUACAGCCUUCACCAUUUACUGACGACCCUAAUUCAUAUAGAAUGGGAGAAUUCCUUGCAAAAUACCAGUUGGACAACAAGCCAGUAUCAUUGCUACCUCGUGGUCUAACAAACAGGUCUAACUACUGUUAUGUAAAUGCAAUCUUGCAAGCUCUCAUUGCCUGCCCACCAUUCUACAAUAUGCUGAAAGCACUUCCAUACCAAACCAGACGAGGCAAAUCAAGCACACCAGUUAUUGAUUCUAUGGUGGAGCUAUGUUACGAAUUCAGUCCCCUAACGGCCACCACCCGUCGUGGCCGUGGUGAUACCACCAAUAGCACAGUUUCAGUACCUGCAGGGCCACCACUAGAUGGCUCCACUGGUCUCAGAGUGCUGAGGGCUUUGAGACCAUUUCCCGGCUCCCAAGAGGGAAGGCAGGAGGAUGCCGAAGAGUUCCUCGGAUGCUUACUAAACUCUCUCAAUGAUGAAAUGCUUGAGCUUAUAAAGUUGGUUGCACCCGAUGAACAGCCCAAGGAUAGCAAGGAUGGGAAACAAAAUGGUGUUGUGGCUCCGGAGCAAGCUCCUGUAGAAGAUGAUGAAGAUGAUGAUGAGUGGAAGGUGAUGGGCCCCCGCAACCGCGGCGCCGUGGAGCGUCGCUGGAGCGCGCGCCGCACGCCGCUGGCCGACAUCUUCCGCGGCCGCACGCGCCUGCGGCUGUCGCGCGCGCCGCACACCGCGGGCUCCGACGCCGUGCAGCCCUUCUUCACGCUGCAGCUGGACAUCGAGAGAUCCAACACUGUUAAAGAUGCUUUAGAACUGCUAGCUGGCAAGGAGACCCUUGAAGGCGUAUCAGAUGCUUGGCAACAACUUUCCCUCGAACAUCUUCCCGUGGUGCUACUCUUGCACCUGAAGUGUUUCCAGUUGAAUUCCGAAGGACAUACAGCCAAAAUCGUUAAGAAUAUCGAUUUUCCCAUUGAUUUGAAAAUUGAUACAAAGAUAAUGUCAUCGAAGUGCACAUCGAAACAGAAGUGGUAUAAAUUGUUUGCUGUGGUGUACCAUGAGGGGGUGGAAGCAGUCAAAGGCCACUAUUUGACUGACACUUAUCACGGACAAGCUGGUUGGAUAAGAUAUGAUGACUCAACAGUAACCCAGGUUACUGAUGCACAAGUACUGAAGCCAAAGCCACCGAGGAUGCCAUAUCUGUUGAUGUACCGCAGACAUGACACUCUGCCAGCUAGAGCCCCGACUAAACCUGAAUGAGACUGUAGUGAACUCGGUAAAGUGAAAAGUGACAUUAAACAUAGUGUAGUAGUAGAAUUGAAGUUAAACUAAAAAACUAUUUAUUUAACAUAAUAUCCUAUCAAAUAUAUAUGUAAUAGAUAUGUAUUAUAUUAUUUGAUAUCAAAUGGCAUGUAAUAUCUGGCAGGUAUUGAAGUGUAAAGUCCAAUCAAUUGAAUUGAGCGAUUCAAUAAGUGAUUGGCUUCAGACAGUUUUAGAUGUUGAUAGUAAAAUAUAUAUUUGUCUUGUGAAUAUUGUUAAAUAAAUAUUAAAGCUAAGAUUUAAUAAUAUCAAUAUUUGAAUGGAACUGUAUGUUUUGAUUUAAUUGUGCCUAUGAUUGAUUGCGAGCACAACGAAAUAAUUAUAACAUAAAGUUUGAUGUCUCAUGAAAAUGUUUAUCAAGCAGAAAAUUAUAUAAUUUAAAUUUUGUAUAUUUAUAUUACACACUGUUAUAAUGUGAUAGAAUUUAGGUUAAUGUGUAAAUAGCGUCCAGAGUUAUUAUAGGGAAUUGUUUGAAGCUCAUUAUUAUUAUUAUUGUAAAUUAUCUCAACCUUGGCCUGACAAGAGUUACAAUUUGGUUUUUCAUUUUAAUCAUUUUUGGUACUAAAACUUGAAGAGUUUUAAGCCUUUAAUUCAAUGUAUAUAAUCAGAAUAUGAGGACAAAACGGAGUUGUAUGUUACAUGAAUCUAUUUUAAAACUUUCUCAAUUGUCUAUAAUGAUGUUUGGAUUGAACAGUGAAGGUUAAAUCUGAUAGGAAGUACAAAGCUAACUUUGGUGUAUUUAGUUCUGUCAAAAUUCAAAACCUCAUUGUACAUAGCCUUUUAUAUAUCACCUCAAAUCUGCUUGUAGCAAGCUAUGUCGUUUGUAAUAUUAUUGUACUGAGGACUGUGUGGUUACUAAUUAUGGAAAUGGUGCUCAUUGGGACUUACAUUGCAUUUUCGAUGUACUAUAUGAGUUAGUAUCAUACAGUUUAUUAUCAAAGAUUUAUUGAAUUUAGUGCGGACUUUGGGGCCAAAUUUAUGUUUUGUCGGUGAGUCAAAUUGAGCUAAAUACCAAAAUUGUUGGAACAAUUUUGUUUGAUAUAUCAUCUCAUUACUUGUUGAAGUUAUAUCGAAAAUGCAAAUGAUUAAGUUGGUGUUGUGUGGUAUUGUGACCUUCUAAUGUGAUAUGGAAUGAAAAUGGCUUAGUUGACAUAACUGUAGGUAAGAGUAUGUUAAGUGUUACAUUUAAAUAGAUUAUAUGUUAUUGACUGCUACUUAGUGUGAAGCAGUGACUUUCGUGUCGAUGCCUGUUUUUAAUAUUAUUCUAAAUCUCCUAUCUAUACAUUAUGUUGACAUAUAAAUUUCAUAAUGUUUUUAAACAAACCUGAAUGUUAGGUGCAAAUCGGUUGUAUUGUUUAAAAAUUAUCUGAUCUCACCUUUAUUGUUAUUUUGGUUUAAUUUCAAUAAUAAAAAAAAAUUGGAUUAAGUUUAAUGUCCUAAUUCCUCACAGCAAGCGAAAUAUUAGUCUAACUUUUUAAAUAACAAUGAAUGGUAAAUAUUGUUUGAAACAGCUAAUGAAUUAGAUGUUAAGUGUUAAAAAUUAUAAAAAAAAAUCAUCAUUUGGGUCAUUGUCCAAAUGAACUAAAAAAAUGUAGUCUUAUAUUUAGUCAAUUUAACUGCUAUUCUAGAAGGUUUUUUAGUUAUAAAAAGUUCAGUGAAAUUAUCUUUAUUUAGAAUUGUAAUUGUAAGUUUUGUGAAUACUGUUAAUGGUAAAAGGAAUGUGGGUAGCUCAUAGUGACCACUAAGAUAAGUUAUUAACAGCUAUCAAGUAUUUGGGAAAUCUUGAAAACUUUAUAACAUAUAAUAUAUUAUAAUCAAAUUUUAUUUGUUUACAACUGAAUUACAUAAAUCAGCCUUGUUGAAUUAUCAGAAUAUUUUAUGUAUUAUAUAAAAUUGCAUAAUGUGCAAAUUGCAAACAAUUUGCACAUUAUUUUAAUCUUCUGUUGUUCCAAUCAAAGUUUCUGUUGAUUAUAAUGAUUACUAUAAAUAUGAAAGAUGAUAAUUUAUUUCAAAUGAUUUCUCUACUAUACAAAUGUAAUUUUGAAUAAAUUAAUAACCUAGGUUAUCAAUAAAUAAUACACUAAUUCUCUUAGUUUUAUGUUUGCACAAAUUUAGUUUAAACAUUUGUUGUUCCUCUUUUCGUGCAUCAAUAACAGUUCACCUGUAAGGAAAAAGACUUGGUACUAGUGACAUAGAACAAUAUAGUGUAAACAGUAAAAUAUAAGUUAUUUGUGGAGUUAUAACGAACAAACAUCAUAAAAUAAAUAAUGAAUGAUUCUUUAAUAAAUAAGUAUGUCAUUCAAAAACAUACUUAACCACCCUUUAUUUGAUCAAUCUUUAUUUAGUUCAGUUGCUGGUGGAAGCACAUCCAUAUAUUUUCCCAUUCUCGGUGUUGUAUUUCAGGUUUCAUAGUUGUGCAUAAGACAGAAAGAAAUGUUUGGUUUAGUGAUAACAUUAUUAUAAGUUUAUUGUAACGCUGCCUUAAUUAAGUACUAUUUAGUUAGGAAUUGUUUGUGUGUUCGAUGUAAUCAUUUAUUUAUAUUGAUUUUAUGAUGUUUUUCAUUAAAUAGAGGGGGGGGGACACAGACUGGAAGUUAAUAUAUGCCUUUUUUACUAGAUAGUUGUCCUGAGACAAUUACAAAACUUAUUUCAGACAUUUUUUAAUGUCCUACUUGGUUUGCUUUUGUAGUAUUCAGCAAACAUAUAAUGAUUGUUUUCAAUGUUUAAUUGUGUCCCCAUUCUAAUAUGACUAAUCUUGUAUUGAGUCUGUAUCGGACAAUUCUGACACAGUUGGCUGUGAUCCUCACUUGGGAUUGUUGCUAUGAAAAGUGCUUUUAGAUAUAUAUUUUGUACAUAUUUUAUUUUCCAAAAAAAAUAACUCUUAUUGAAUUUGUACUUGAGUGAAAACUCAUAAUGAAUAAAAAGAAGACUGUACAAAUUUUCCAUAUGAAUUAUAUAUCUUGAGGCACUCUUGAAUUUUUAUAUUUAUAUGAAUUGUAACUUAUUAGUAGAUUUCGAGUAGUGUAUGUAAAUAUAACAAAAUUGAUGUAAAUAUGUUAUUUGGUGUUAAUUAUACAUAGUUAUGUGCUUUAGGUCCGAUCAAAAUGUGUUCUGCAUUAUUUAGUGUGUACUUUAUUGUAUUUAUAGAGACAACUAUAUUAUGGGACACUUGUUUUAUAUAAUACCAUUUAUUACCAACACAGAUUAUGAACAUUGAUUUCAUACUCAAUGGAUUCUUUUCUGGGUUGAUAUUUUUCAUUUACUUAUAUCUUUAUUUACACAAUUAGAUUCCAACAUAUUUUCUCCAAAUUGAUUCCCAGUAAGUCUAACCUGGAUAAGUGAGAAAACUGUAAACUUGUCGUCACAUUAUUACCCCAGUAAAAGAACUUCUUAUGAAGCUUACAACUGAUUGUAAUCUGAGAGGACAGUGAAAAGCUUGCAGUACAGAGUCAAUGUUGAUAUCUUGACCGAUAUAAGCGAGAACUAAUAUAAUAUAUAAUAGACAGUAACAACACCCAGUGAGUGACUAACUGGUUUUAUCAGACACUAAAUGAGAGAGAAAUGACUAGAGAAUAAACAUGUUUUGAUUUCUUUCAUAUCCAGGUGCACCCCUUAUAAUAUAUAUUAUAAAGUGACUGAGGAGACACUAACGAUACUGGAGGACGACGUUAUACUUGGCGAUCAUAUAAUAUUAUUAAUAAAAAAAAAUAUUUUAGUACUUGGUUGAACUUAAAAGUUAAUUUAUUAAUAACGCAACACGAGGACACUCUCUAAUCGCGGUAUGCUGAAGAAGGAAGGUGAACGAACGGACCUGUCGGUGCUUGCGCUUAACUUACAAAAUAAUGCCGCAGUGCGGUGAUGUACCCACACUUCAUUGUUUUAUACUUUUUUAUGUCUAGAUAGACUGUAACGUCCAUUUUGAAGAUGCACGCACACUAACACAAAGUGAAAAAACGCGAGUGUAACAAGUGCACACUACAGCCAUAAACCUGGCCUGUUUUCAUUGGUUGUCUAGCAGUCAGAGGUUCUGUCUAGACAUAUAAAUUAUCUAAAGUUCUAUAAGGAAAUUAAUUAAAAAAAAAAACUUGCCUAAUUAUUCUGUAGUAGAACGGACACAACUAAACCGCAAGGCGGUCUGUAGCACACUGUUUAAUCAUUAAUGUCGCUUGUGUGUACAUACACAACACUAAUUUAACAAAUUUAGAAGCAGAACGGAAUAGUCUAUUAGUGUUAGUGUCUCACAGUCACACCGUAUUAAAAGUUAAAUGUACUCAUUGUAUGUUGAAUUGCACUGAUUAUAUUGUAAUGUGUAAGAGUGCAUUGAAUAACUUAACUUAUACUAAAUAGUAGUUUUAGCUCGCUUUUAUGCAAUAUUUCAAUGAUGUUGGUAGUCCGAUUGAAAAAAGUAAUAAUUCCACUAAAAACUUGAUAUUUCAAGGAAAAUUAUUUUUAAGUCCUACAAUAAUACAUACUGUAACAGUAAUGGUGACCACACACUAGUUACAAGUCCAUACUUAGCGUCCUUUACUCAACAUCUUGUUUAUAUUUUUGAGCUGAGUUGUAUUGUAAGUGAAAGCCUCUUACGGCUGGUGACAAUUUUGUUUUCUGAGUAUUUCAUCAAACAGCACACACACACACACUCCGCUUUGUAACACUCAUCUUUACAUAUUGAACACCUGCUACUUAGUUCUCAUUGACUUCCAAAUUCAAAUAUUUGAUUGCGAUUUGUUCAAUUGCAAAUUCAAUCACUGAUCUAAGAUCUACCCCAGAGACAAUCUCCCAUAUAGUGCUAACUGACAUAAUAUUAAUUUGUGUUUAGCAUAAUUUAAAGCCCUUCAUAAUUAUUGGGUUUUUGUGAGAUAUUUUAUGCUUGCUUUCAAUUAUGCAUGCAGUGAUAUUAUAAUAUUAGAAAUUUUAAUUAAGGUUUGUUACUUCUUUUAAUCGCAGGACCCAACAAAAUGUUCCAUUUUAUAUUAGUCACUCGAUGCCCUCGGCGAUGCAGGCUAAAGAAAUAUGACUCCCAACUAGGACUCUUGAGUUAUGCUUUGCACACACUAUACAUAUUUAUUAUAUAAUAUCAUAGUCUGCAUGUCUGUUAUUUGGAUACUCUAUAUGGUUACCUUGUCUCUUUAUAAAUAAUUCUCUUGCUGCUACCCCAGGGUUAUAUUAGCAGAAACAAACUUUGGUUUGUUUUAAUCCUAUUAUAUUUAAAGUAGAUUUGACGCUGGCAACAGCUCUAUCGUUCGUAUCGUUCAACAGAUCUAACGUUAACAAAAGUUAACGUUACCAAUCAAAUAAUGUGAGCAGUCUUUCUACUUAGUUUUUAGCGUACACUAAUUAUUAUUGUCAUUUUAUUAUUUUUAUAUGAGAGGAUCGCUUAUUUAAGUUACAUAUAGUUAGAUAUUAAGUUCCAAGGCUGUAUUAAAGGAGUGUUUUUCAUUAAUAAUUCACAGCUGGGUACACAAUUGCUUGGAAAUUGGUGAACUUUGUCAAUUGUUUGUAUAAACUAAACUUGUUUAAUCUUGUAGCAUCAAAAUAAAAAUUGAAAAUAGAUUGUUUCUGAGUUCAACUUAGUGUUUCAUGACAAUAUUAUGUAGUUCUAUCUGUGACACAUUACCUUUUAGGUGGUCACCUACCACAAGAAAUGUUAUGCUUAGUAGGCUUAAUUUUAAUUUAGAGAGACAAGUGAUCAAACAUGCCUAUUUGUAAGCUAUGUGUGCCCACUACUCAUUUUGGUUUUAUUUAUCAAUAAUUUAAUGUAAAAACUCUCCUUAGUGAUCGUGAUAGACAGAGCUCGAUGGAGAAGGUAUACGAGAUGAUGUUGUCUGUAAUGAUCAUCUUCCUAUGUUGUUAAUAUAUGAAGUGUAUGACUAAUUAUAAAAUAAUCCUUUAUUUUGGUAACAAAUUGGUGUUAUGAGGAAAUUGUGAAUAAAAAUAUGGUGUCAUUCUAUA